AGGUAAAAAAGUUCAAAAAUUUGACGGUUUGGGUUUUUUCUUUUAUCCUUUUGGGAGAAUUCAAAGGGUUUUAGGGUACUUCCUUCUCCCUAAGAGUAGCUGUCGUCCUCCACCACCAUUAGUAAUCUUCCUUUUGUUUUCUAAACUAAGUCGUUUUGCCUCUUCAGCUGUCGUCACCCGCCUCCGCUGCUGCCACCGGUGUGGUAGAUUUAAAGUGUUUUCAAAAUGAAGUCAGUGGUGGGAAUGGUUGUUUCCAACAAGAUGCAAAAGUCUGUGGUCGUGGCAGUGGACAGACUUUUUCACCACAAGAUGUAUAACCGUUAUGUCAAGCGGACUUCCAAGUUCAUGGCUCAUGAUGAGCACAAUCUUUGCAACAUUGGUGACCGAGUUCGGCUGGAUCCUUCAAGGCCAUUGAGCAAGCGUAAGAAUUGGGUUGUUGCUGAAAUUCUUAAGAAAGCCCGAAUCUAUGUACCACCAUCAAUGGAUACUGUUGCUGCUUCAAGUAACAAAACUGAAGUUUUGACUUCAUAAACAUAAUAAGUUGCAGACAUAUUUUAGACAUACAGGAAGUGGGAAAGCUUGAAUUUAGAUGGCAGUUUUGGGAAUUGCUAGUGGCGGUAUUGCAUGCUGGGUUGAUACUGAAAAAGUUAAGCCUCUGCUUCCAUUUGCCUUGAAUAUCAAUAGCUUUUAGACAGAUGAACCUUUCAGUAGUUGAUGCUUAAUGAAAAUGCAGAUAAUUUUUGCCAGUUUUCUUAUAAGUUCUUUGGAAAAUCUGUACACAGAUAUUGUUUAGUUCAUUAGAACUUACAGUUUUGAGUGGCAAUAAACUUUUGAUUCUUUUUUCCCUUAAAAGUUGGGAACUUCA